UUGUGGGACCGGCGGUGCUAAUGUCAGGGGGUCAGUGACAGGAUUAGAGUGACUGAGAGUCGAGAGGAAAUCAGACGUCUCUAGUGUAGAUAUUACAGGGAUGCCUGGAACUGUAGUUGCUGCUUGUCAGUCAGUUGAAGUGACCAUGGAAGGCCUGUCAGGCAAUACUAUAGAAAUAUGUUUAUUUAAAGGCCCAGGACAGGGGUUUAAGGGAUUUGUAUGGGCCUCACAAUAGACAGGACACAGAGUUUACUGUAAAUUCAGCUACAAGUCUCACUUCCCAGAUUUAGUUACUCCAUAAUGGCAGAGGACAUUCAGUCUCAUGUGAUAUUCCAGCACCAGUAUAUGUGUUCUGAAUGUGGUGUUCUGUACAACACAUUGGAGGAUGUUCUGCUUCAUCAACAGAGCCAUCUCGGAGGGGGUGUGCAAGCUACUUUAUCGCAGGAUGUGUCGCUAGAGAUUAGUGACCUUCAGAGUCUGGUACAAGACAGUCAAUAUCAGUGUUUGGAAUGUGGUCAUGUACUUCUAACUCCUGAUGAGCUUCUACAUCACCAAGAAACACACAUGAGGGAACUUCCACAAUCCACAGAAUCCAGCCAGAUACACUACCAGUGUUGCGAGUGCAAGGAACUCUUUACUUCUCCUGAACUCUGGCUUGCUCACCGUCGGAAACACGAAAAGCAGGCAGAGGAGUCUCCGCCAAGUGUGGUCUUGCAAACUAGUUCUGGUAUCCAGGCCAUUCUUAGUCUUCAAAAUGUACUGCUAGAUGAGAGGGCCCUCAAUGGCUGGGGUAUGGCAAGCACAGAGGAGACAGAUGAGCCCCUUCCAACAAUAUGUCCCCCAACUCCUUCUGAAACCAUUACAGUGCAAGACGAGGUAAUACAACUCCCAGAGAUGCAUCCAUAUGAAUGUUCUGAGUGCAGUCUGGUUUUUCACACGCCUGAGGAAUUCCUUGACCACCAGGGAAGGCAUUUCAAGGUGUCCGAGAAAGAGAUUGCAAUGUCGCCUUCACGUGUGGAAAAUGGAAUACCUUCGGCUGCUAUUCUUGAAAGAUUGCGAAAAGAUUGGUUGCAGGAUGAAAAACAAGUGGUGCCUGCAGAGGAUUUGGGAACCACACAGCAGCGUGUAUAUCGAUGUCAAGAGUGCAAGAAAGAGUACACCACUUCAGAGGAGCUGCGGAAACAUCGCAAGGAGCACCAGCCAGAGGAAUUCCAUUGCCCUGAUUGUGACCGACUCUUUAGCUCUGCCAACCGACUGCAGUCGCAUCGUCGUGUACAUGUGGAAGGAACUCUUCAAUGUCCAAACUGCUACAAAGUGUUUAAGAAAGAGGCAUCACUAGAGCAGCACAUGCGAGUGCAUCGGGGAGAGGCCUUGUACUUGUGUGUAGAUUGCGGCCUGGGUUUUGGCACAGAAAUCACCCUUGUAUUGCACCGGAAAAGCCAUACUACAGAUCCCCUCCAUCACUGCCACUGUGGAAAAACAUUUACCAACAUGACAAAGUUUUUAUACCACCGAAGAACUCAUGCUGGUAAAAGUGGUGUGCCUACUCCCAAAACGGAGAAACCCAUUGCUACAGAGACACCGGUCCCCCUCCCUUUGACAGAGCAGCCCAAAGUUUCCCCUUCUGCAACUAUCAAAACACCAGCGUUAUUCCCUGUGGUUUCAGAAGUUAAAAAUGCUGCAGAUAAUGCAGAUAAUUCUAAAAACCAGGUUAAUGGUGAUAAAAACAUUCUGCCUUUAGAGACACAGGCAGAAGGAGGGCUUACAAUCCAGAGCUUCAAAUGUCCAGUGUGCAGCAAAGAAUUUUCUACCCGCCUGCGGAUGGUGCGACAUAAACAUGUAGUGCACGCGGUGGAGCUGAAGCACAAGUGUACCGUGUGCAGGAAGCACUUUAAGCAGAAAUUUCAUCUGCAAAAUCACAUGCUCACUCACACAGGUGAACGCCCAUUCCACUGCACAGACUGUGGGAAAGAUUAUAGGUCCAUUUCCAGUCUAAGAUGUCACCAGCUCACCCACAAUGGGACAAAGCCAUAUAGAUGUGAUUUUUGUGGAAAGGGUUUCACACAGAUGUCCAAUCUGAAGCAGCAUCGGACCUUGCACACUGGUGCCAGUUUGUUCCCUUGUGAAGAGUGUGGGAUGGAAUUCAGUGGGGCUUCCAAGCUGACAUUACACCGACGUGUUCACACCGGGACCUUAACUUACAAAUGUGCUGAGUGCGGUAAAUCCUUCAUGCGCAAGGAGUUGUUGGAGCUGCACCAGCUCGGCCAUCAGGCAAAAGAGCCGAUCCACUGCCAUCAAUGCGAUAUGGUUUUUGAAGAGGAAUCACAGCUCGCAGAACACAAGUGCCAUAGCAACAGCAAUGGACAAUAUGUGUGCCCCAGUUGUGGCAAAAAGCUGAAUUCCAAAACAAGUUUAAUUCUCCAUUUACUGGUGCAUUUCAAAUGUCAGGUCUGCGGAAAGUGCUUUACAAGCCAGAGACUUGUUCAAAGUCACCAGCGAUGGCACUCGGCUAAACGGCCUCUUAAGUGUGAAGUUUGUGGAAAAGCCUUUCUGGCCUCCUUUAAUUUGCGCCUCCAUCAGCGCAUUCAUACUGUAGAGCAGCUUUUUCCUUCUCCAGACCGUGGCAAAGCUUUCCAACACGCCACUCACCUGCGGGAGCAUUAUCGACUGCCCAUCGGGGAGAGGCCAUAUCACUGCAAGGACUGUGGCAAGACAUUUGUUCAGUCUAUGCACCUCACAGAACACCGGCACUUCCACCCAGGGGAACGUCCACACUCAUGUAGAGAAUGUGGCAAGAGCUUCAAGACCGUAUCCAACCUGCGCAGCCACCGCAAAAGACAUAAGAAAGCUGUAGCUCAACCGCAUCAGACCAUAAUGUGCACAGAGAUGGGGGAGACCAUAGCAAUAAUAGAGAGAGUCGAGACCAUUCCCCUUGUAGAGACCGUAGAAAUGUAUCAAACUGCACUGGAAGGAAAUGUACAGGUAGAUGAUAUGACUGUAUUGGAAGGCAGCCAGUGCAAUAUGAUUUCUAAUCCACUGUGUAAAUAAAAUGUUUUCUCUUUUU